GGAGAAUAAGAGCCUAAUACGUCCCAUCAGCAGCAGGUUCCUGCAAAUGUUGGAUGUGUGCAACAGAAUACGGGAGCUUAUGGAUCCAUUGACUGUGCACUUCUACAGCGUCCUGUCUUCUCAUGAUCAACACAAACACAGAUGGCUCCUGAACCAGCUUCUUGAUAAGCAUGCAGUUACAUCUGAUGAGAAGGCCAGGAUAAUUUGUCUGCAACAGCAAAUGGCAAAAUCUGCAAGGAUCGGAAGUGAUGUCAACAAAAAACGAAAGACACGCAUCUGUAUGCUUUUUUUCAGAGUUCGACAAGCUCACAACCAUUAUUGAUUUGUAUCGAGGUGUACUUCCAACUUUUCAGGUGUUCCUGAAGAAGUUGCAACAUGAAAAGCCCAUGAUUCAUGUGCUGCAUGCUGAAAUGCUGCUACUGGUUAGGGAACUUCUCUCCAAAUUUAUGAAGCCUGAAACUAUUCCUUUGAGUGCAAAGGGCUUGUUGAAGCUUAAUGUUCACCAGAGAGACCUGCAGUACACUGACAAAAGGUUGUCUGUGGGGAGAUUCAGCUUCUUUGCCUUAAACAAGGCUAGAGUAGAAAAGAAGCCCUGGGUGCAGAAGGUCUACAGCUCUCUCAGAGAAGGCUACAUAAAGUCAGCAACAUUCCUCCUGAAAAACCUGCCCCUCAACAACAACAUCAUCACCUCUUUAUCUGCGCUGACACCAUCAUUGAUUCUCCAUGAAUCAGUCCAAGGUGCAUUCAACACCUUGGCCAAGGCCUUGCCAAAUGCUGUGAAGUCAGAGGAGUUGGGUCAACUGGAUGAAGAGGUUCGAGCCUACCAGAUUAAUACAGAUCUAGGGACACAGGCCAAAUGCUUUGAGGAGAACAAUGCACGAAUCAAUGUUGACUGGUGGAGUAAGAUUUUCGCCAUGAAGAUGCCAGAAGGAGGAAUGAGGUUCCCCAUCUUAGGGAAGUUGGUAAAGGCUCUUCUGUCAUUGUUCACUGGCCCUCUUGUCGAAGGAUCAUUUAACAUGAUGGAUGAUAUAAUUGAGAAAGACAGGGUUAGGCUGAACAUUGAGACUUAUGAAGGCUUAGCCAUUCUCAAGUCCCACAUGAAGGUAAUGGGCAAAACUGCAUCUAAAAUGCAAAUUACCCCUGCAUUAAGGAGAUUUUGCCUGUCUUCUUAUGAGACAUACCAAAAUCAUCUGAAGAAAAAGAAGGUGAACCUUGACAAGCAAAAGGAAAGGAAACUGAGGGAAGCUGUGAAGGUCCUCUCAGCAGUUAGGGUUAGAAAAGUAAAGAAAGGUUCCACCUCUUCUGUUUGUGCUAAAGCCCCCACCUCUUCCACCCUUGGAGUUAAACGAAAAGCUGCUGCUACAGCCUCCACCCCUGCAGUUAAAGGCACUGCUGCUGCUACAGCCUCCACCUCUUCCGCCCUUGGAGUUAAACGAAAAGCUGCUGCUACAGCCUCCACCCCUGCAGUUAAAGGCACUGCUGCUGCUACAGCCUCCACCUCUUCCGCCCUUGGAGUUAAACGAAAAGCUGCUGCUACAGCCUCCACCCCUGCAGUUAAAGGCACUGCUGCUGCUACAGCCUCCACCUCUUCUGCCCUUGGAGUUAAACGAAAAGCUGCUGCUACAGCCUCCACCCCUGCAGUUAAAGGCACUGCUGCUACAGUCUCCACCUCCUCCACUGCUGGAGUUAAAGGUAAAGCUGUUGCUACAGCCUCUUUCUCCUCCACCCCUGCAGUUAAAGGCAAAACUGCUGCUACAGUCUCCACCUCCUCCACUGUUGGAGUUAAAGGUAAAGCUGUUGCUACAGCCUCUUUCUCCUCCACCCCUGGAGUUAAAGGCAAAACUGCUGCUACAGUCUCCACCUCCUCCACUGUUGGAGUUAAAGGUAAAGCUGUUGCUACAGCCUCUUUCUCCUCCACCCCUGGAGUUAAAGGCAAAACUGCUGCUACAGCCUCCACCCCCUCCACCUCUCCUGGAGCCACUCCUGCACAUGUAGCUAGUCAAACACUAAAACGGGUGUCAGGUGUAGCCAAGCUUCAGGAAUAUGGUUUCACAGCCAAAAAGCAGAAAAAGUGAAAAGCACUCUAGAGACAUUUGCACAAGAAAAGCACUUUUUGGAAUUUAAUGGUGGUGCAGUUACUUUUUUUCCUGUUAAUUAUUAAUAGUUUCACAAAACAUUGUUUGGUGUUAUAAGAAACAUAAAACAUGCACUGAAAAU